AUGUCUCGACAGAUUAUUGCAUUUCCUACCAUCGUCUUAAACCAAAUACGUUGUAUGCAUGUUUCAAAUAAUCACUACAAAACUUUGGGACUGCCAAUCGACUGCUCUCGUCGUGAUAUCAAACAAGCCUACCUUCGUAAAGUCAUGUUGCUUCAUCCUGACAGACAGUCUAUUAAAAAACAAGCGACUGCCUCAACAGAAACUAAAAGUCAUCCUUCAAAACAUAUCACCAAAGAUGAGUUUCUUCGUGUAGCUCAAGCCUAUCAAGUCCUUUCAAACCCCAAAUCUCGUCAGCAGUACGAUACAGAUUCUAUCCAUUCCAACACCUCUCAUUCAUCUGAAACCCCUAAACCCACUUGGAAACCACCCAACCAUCCAGAGUAUAACCCAUACACUCGCAGCUAUCGUCGUCCUUACGGAUGGACUGCCGAUACCUAUGGUUAUGGUCACGAAUACACCCAUGCAUCCGAGGCUGCUGUAAAAGCAAAUACCACCCCAAAGUACAUGUCCCACACUGCAAUGAGCUUGUUGGUUGUUGUUUCCGCUUGGAUCGUUGGGCUUGGCAUGGUCGAGUUUAAAACUAGAUUGUGGCAUCGAUACAGCGAAGAGUCUAGAAUCGAACAACUGCGUAAUAACUAUUUAAACUCAUUACAGCCUGUCGAAUCGGAUUGCAAACCAGAUUCUCAACCCUUGUAG